CCCCAAGACGCUACACGUAAUCUGCUGACGACCCUCGAGUUCUCUUCACCUAUGGCCACCCACGUCAAAGCGCUCCGCGUGUGGUUGGAGAUUCGCAGAGGGCUGCUGUGGUCGUGACAUCAUCCACACAUGCCGGGGGUUACCAGGGAAUUUGAUCGACGCCUACCGUCUUGGCAGCGAUUCGGUGCACGACUCAGACAUACUCUUUUUGUGCUCUGGUCUUACCUUUCUUCUGUUCAUAUUCUGUUUUUUACCUUUUUCUCUUUUCUUUUCCCUUUAUUCUUCCUUUCCUAUCUGUCAUAUCAUACCGGAGGCUUUGUGUAUUGGCAUAGCACGCGCGGCGUUGGGACACUUGACUGGGAACCGUUAUUUAGACUUGUUGUGUUCAUUUCAUCACUUUCUGACAUUUGGAACCGCACUGGGCGCAUUUGUUUGCAAAGGUCUGCAAAAAGGCGGGAAAGCAUUUUCACGGAGCAGCCAAUCUUCAUGUGGUUUACAUCAUCCUCAUCCUCUCCCCAUCCUUGUUUCAUCGCCGCCUCUCCUCAACCUCCAAUCUCAUCCCUCCCCUGUCCUCCUUCCAUCCUAUCCCCACCGCCUCCUUGUCCAUCGACAUGUAUAUUGGAAUCGUCCCGGACUGACGAUUCAGAUUCGACUUGGUUUGAUUUUCGUUUGGCUCUGAAGACAUUUGCUUACAUACCCAGAAGCGAGCGGUUGAUACAUUAAAUGAGAAACAAAAUUGUGAAAUCCGGUCUGUAGAAUGCAAGUGUAGACUGAUGUGCAUCCAUCUG